AUGGCUUCCGAUGGCAUCACACCCAGAGAUGUUUGUGUUGUUGGGGUUGCACGCACCCCUAUUGGCAGUUUCCUUGGUGCAUUGUCUUCCUUGCCUGCGACGAAACUUGGCUCUAUAGCAAUUCAAGCUGCUCUGGAAAGAGCAAACGUGGAUCCAGCUCUUGUGCAGGAGGUCUACUUCGGAAAUGUCUUGAGUGCUAAUUUGGGGCAAGCUCCUGCAAGACAAGCUGCUCUGGGUGCCGGGAUACCAAACUCUGUUGUUUGCACCACUAUUAACAAAGUCUGCGCAUCUGGCAUGAAAGCUACUAUGUUUGCAGCACAGUCAAUUCAACUGGGUAUCAAUGAUAUUGUUGUGGCAGGUGGCAUGGAAAGCAUGUCCAAUGCCCCAAAGUACAUUGCUGAAGCUAGGAAGGGUUCUCGUUUUGGACAUGACACACUUGUUGAUGCCAUGCUUAAGGAUGGUCUUUGGGAUGUAUACAAUGAUUGUGCCAUGGGAAUGUGUGCUGAGCUUUGUGCUGACAAUCAUGCACUCACAAGAGAAGACCAGGAUGCAUUUUCUAUCCGAAGCAACGAACGUGGAAUUGCAGCUCGUGACAGUGGUGCUUUUGCAUGGGAGAUUGUUCCAGUUGAAGUUCCUGUUGGUAGAGGAAAACCACCAACGCUCGUUGAGAAAGAUGAAAGCCUAGACAAGUUUGACCCAGUAAAGCUAAAGAAACUUCGCCCAAGUUUCAAGGAGAAUUGUGGUACCGUUACAGCUGGAAAUGCUUCUAGUAUAAGUGAUGGAGCUGCUGCAUUAGCUUUGGUGAGUGGGCAGAAGGCUCAAGAGCUUGGCCUGCAAGUCCUUGCAAGGAUCAAAGGAUAUGCUGAUGCAGCUCAAGCUCCUGAGCUUUUUACAACCACUCCAGCACUUGCCAUACCAAAGGCUAUCACAAAUGCUGGAUUAGAGUCAUCCCAUGUUGAUUUCUAUGAGAUUAAUGAAGCCUUUUCGGCUGUUGCACUUGCAAAUCAAAAGCUCCUUGGAAUUCCUUCAGAAAAGACUAAUGUUCAUGGUGGAGCUGUAUCUUUAGGACAUCCUCUUGGGUGCAGUGGUGCUCGCAUUUUGGUUACUCUUCUUGGUGUUCUGAGGGCAAAGAGUGGCAAGAUUGGAGUUGCUGGUGUCUGCAACGGUGGAGGCGGAGCAUCAGCUCUUGUUGUCGAGCUUGCAUGA